GGCGGCCGUACGUACGGAAGCACCGUACGUACGCCCGUAAGUACGCAGGCGUGGCCGUCCGUACGGCCCGUACACCUAAGGCUUCGGAGGGUUCGGGGCGCGUUCAGGGGGGGGGGGGGGGGGGGGGGUUCGGGCCUUGUCAACGUUGGGGCCACUUCUAGGGUGUGAACUAUGGCGCCCAAAAAAGGGAGGGGAGAGCAGCCGUUUGUCCCAGUCAGUAAGGACAAACAGAGGCAGGCGGAGCUCAAGUUCUGCGGAUUCAAGUGGAUAACGAAGGGGCAAACAAUGUCGGACUCCAAUGGGAAUUUUCUCAUGGAGUGCAAGUUGUGCGGCCGGGGUUUUCAGGGCAGUCAAUCGAAGGCCGCACAACACUUCACAAUAAAGAACAACUGCGCUAAGGUCACCGCGGAGCAGCUCGCGGAGAUCUGGAACAAGACAAACUACCUGUUCAAUCAGAGCCACCAUCGGAAGAUUAUCGACUUCCUGAGGUCUCGUGGGUUUCGAGACAAUAGAAAUACUUCAGGGAGGGAGCAGUCGGGGGAGGAGUAUGACGACAGCGAGCAGGAGAGGAGGGCGGCCGAGGGGGGAGGUGAUGAUAGUGACAGUGAUUCACAGGACAUGGACGUGCGGCAAGAGGAGGAGCGCGCUAGGGGAAAGAUGAGGGGGGACAAGGCUGUUGCCGAGGACAGCACCCCAGACGAGCACGACGACGACGACGAUGACGACGAUGAUCAGGGUGCAGACCUUGGGGCGUCUCUUGAUGAGGGUCUGAUGGCCGCUGGCUGUCGUGGCCAAGAGGGGGCUGCCAAAGCGAUGAAGGACGUCGUGCAGUCGAAGAAGAGAAAGACGAAGGCAACGACACCAGCUCCUCCUCUGCAGAAGAAGGGCAAAGUCCUUCAACAGACUUCCAUGAUAGAGACCUUCGAUCUGGCGUGGCAACGAGAUUUUACAAACGAGUUCCUGCAGUGGUGGUACGUGAGCGGGAUUCCAUUCGAGGCGGCGAGGAGGCCGGAGUACCAGCGAGUGAGGAAGCGGUUGCUCGAGUGUCCACUGUAUACACAUCCUGCGUUGCCCACACACCGUCUCAUUUGCGGCGAUGGUAUUCCACAGCAGCAGCGAGUUGUGGCGGAGAUGGUGGCGGUCGUCCGCAAGGACAUUGCGGCGACGGGAGUGACGAUCCUCACGGAUGGUCGCAAGUCCAUCACUAGCGACCAAAUCGUCAACUUCCUUGCCGCUGGGCCCACGGGAGCCUACCUUUUCAUGACUGUGCAGUGUGACGGUGCUGUCCAGGAGACAGCCGAGGUGGUGGUGGAGCGAUGGAAGGACGUGUUCGACAACUUUGGUGUCGAAAACGUCAACGCCAUUUGCACGGAUUCUGCGUUCGCGUAUGUGGCUGCAUCCAAGCUCCUGGCGAAAGAGGACGUCAAGUACAGUCGCAUUACUUGGCUUCCGUGUGCGGUGCAUGUCUGCAACUUGUUGUCAGACAUUGCGAAGGACGACACCCCCGGGAAGCUUGGGAAGAGGGAGGGCACCAUCAUCAGGGCUCGAGCAGUCGUGCGGCUCAUCAAAGAGCACGGGGCGGCUCUAAGCCUUUACCGACGGUUCUCUGCCGCCCACCCCUCUUCCGCCUUCGCAGUUGCGGCCAGUUCCAGCGCUGCACCACCCUCGUCUCAGCGGCGAGGCAGAGAGCUUGUGUACCCCACACAGACGAGGUUUGCUACCCACUACUUGAUGCUGGAGAGGUUGUUGGAUCGUCGCCGAGAGUUGGAGGCGCUGAUGAUGAGCGACGACGGGUUGCGGACUGCAUGGAGGAGGUCCAUUUUCUUGCAGGCCAGGUGGGUGCGUCAUCAGGUGCGGUACCGCCGGUACGCGCCAUUUUGGGAGCACGUGGAGGACAUCGUGGAGCUCAUGACGCCUGUGAUGCAGCUGUUACGCCGUCUGGACAGAGGGGGGCGCGUGAUGACUCGCAUGUGGUCGUGGGCACUUGCCAUGAUCGACAGGGUGGCGAGGGCGAGACUGAACAGGACCGAGCACGACAAGAUACUCGCGGAGGAGUCACUUCGAUACCUUUGCCAGCAGACUGGCGGAGAUGAGGACUUAUAUCAGACGCUGCGCAUGCAGUUGGCUGAGUUUCUUAGCCGGGAGGGCGACUGGACGUACGGGGGGGUUGAGGGUGACAGGGACGCGGCCUCCUACAGAGGGGAGAAGGAGACGUCGCAGGUGGGGCAGUGGUGGGUUCAGCACGGGGACGGGGUCCCUCUCCUUCAGACUUACGCCAUUCGCCUGACACACACAUGGACGUGCGCCUCUCCAGCAGAGAGGAACUGGGCCGUCCAUGAGCGUGUUCAGGUGAAGAAGCGUAACCAGCUUGGUUUUAUGAAGCUGGCUCGUUUGGUGGAGAUAUCCACCAACUUGAGAUUGAGUUGUUGUCAGGGGAGGGAUUCAGGGUACGUUCUGCCAUGGGAGGACGCCAAGGAGGAGACAGAGGACAACAUUCCUCCGCCUCGUGACGAGGGUGUUCGGCCAGCUCACCAAGUCACGGAGGCGCAGCGUGAGCGGCAGGUGCAGCGAGGGCGGAAGGAUCGCCUUUCCAGGGCUCCGCCCAGCGUCGAGACAUAUUUCGGUCUUCGCGCCACGGUGCUCAUGCCGACUGAGUUGGACGCCGUGUACGAUCCCGAGUCGGAUCCUAUGGCUCAGGACCCGAUGGAGGCGAAGCCGUGGUCCGAUCCAGACGACCUGGCAGUGGAGUCUGAGCCCGGAGAUUCCGAUGAUGGUGGCGACCAUGAUCCUCUCGCCGAGAUGUUGCGUCCUCGGAUGCGUGCUUCCACUGCAUCCGCUGCGCAGCAUUCUCCUCCGCCUCCACCCCCGCCCCCGAGUCCGCGUCCUUCCACUGCGUCCGCUGCGCAGCAUCCUCCUCCCCCUCCACCUCCGCCCCGAGUGUGUGUGCUUCCACUGCUUCCGCUGCACAACAUCCUCCUCCCCUUCCACCUCCGCCCCCGAGUGCGCGUGCUUCCACUGCAACCGCUGCGCAGCAUCCCCCUCCGCCUCCACCUCCGCCUUCGAGUGGUUGUCUCCCACUGGAGCCGCUGCGCUUCCUGCGCAGCUCCCCCUCUACCUACAGAUCGUCCAGGACAUGGCGAGCAGGGGACUCGCGACAUCGUUGACGAGCGAGACGACGACGACGACGAUGAUAGAGAGGGGUACGAGGGCAGCAGUGAGGACGAGGAUGAUCCCGUGUAUUCCCCGAGACGCGGACGUGGUGACGCCGACGAUGCCGACGACGAGGGCGGCGAUGGCAGGGGGGACAGUGGUGGAAGCAGGGGUGUGGGGGGCGCAGGACACACAGAGGGUGCAGGCCGUGGUGGCGGAGGACGGGCGAGGCGAGAGUCUGCAUCCUCCACUCGUACUGUGCAUUGGGUUGAUGAGGGUGCCGCGACAGGAGAGGUUGGCGCCGGGUCGGCUGAGUUUGCUGCUGCGUCGGCAGAGGCCGCUGCAGAGGCCGCUGGAGAGUUCGCAGCGGCGUCUGAGGAGGUAGCAGGAGGCUUUGCAGAGGUUGCUGGCAAGGCUGCGCAGGUUGGGAGGGCUUUUGCACAAUUGGGUGUCAGUUUCAGUGGUAUUCUUGAUGUUUCGUUGGGGCUUCCUCCGACACCGGCAGGCGAGCAUGGCAGUGGUGACGCAGCAGUUACGCCCAUCAAUCAGAUACUCCGGGAUGUACCUUCAUGCAACAUGGGUGACAUCAGUAGCAGCAUGUUGCAGGAGGCAGCAGCGGGGACACAGUGUUCGUUGGGGCAGGAGGAGUGUGCAGCAGGGGACGGUGGGGAUUGUGGACCUGAGAAGGAGCGAGUGCCAGAGUCGGAGCAGGACAUGAUCGACUGCGAGGAGAGGGAGAGGGCGCAGGACAUGGCUAGCCGUUGCGAGAUGACACAGAGUAUUGCGUCGAGGGCACGGGCAGAGUGGAUGGUAGAGACGGGCGAUAAUGAGGGUCAUCGUGCGACGGACGAUGCAGUGCUUGAGUGUGGAGGCGCGGGCGCCAGGGAUGCAUGCGAGAGACCCACGUCGACGGUUCAGGGUGUUUGUAUAUUGCCUAUCGGUGGAGCCAUGACGGCGGAGGAGUUAGAGCGCCCGUCACUGCCAUCGUCCACCACUGGUGCCACUACCUCCGUACAUGGUGAGGGUCCAGUCACGGGACGGAUUACCGCACCGGCACCUGCAGAGUCUCCUUCUUCCAAAUCACGGAAGAAGAAGAUAAGAGCAGGUAAGAGUCUCAGUACUGUGAGGAGGGUGACGCAUGCGAUGCGGGAGACUCAGCCCGGGCUGGCCGGUUUACAUUCGCGGACUCGAGAGGCAUUGGCCCUGGACGUUGUCGCGGAGACAGUAGGUUGGCGGGAGAGGGGCUCUAGCCGGGCGACGGAGCAGCCCAUCACAGCACCUGUUGAGGCGGAGAUGCCAUGUACUGGGGGGCGCACAGCAGGUAGGGGGGAGGAGGCGGAGCACAGCGGCCCCCCCGAGAGGAGCAUGGUCGGACGUAUAUUGGGGGAGGAUGUGAGGACGGUGCCUGCGCAACGACCGUCACAGGCAGGAGUCGUUUUGGAGUCCGGUACCAAUGAUUUGGAGGUGCCUCGUGGCCAGGGGAGAAGGGCUUCCGUGUACGACCUUCUUCGAGCACAUCACGGGGUUGAUGCGGCGCCACAGGGGGGUGUUCAUGCUCCGGAUACUGCGCACGGGCCGGUAGGCGGCACAGGUGGCAGCGAUGGUGUCAGAGGUGCGGUGCCGCAGAGGAGGAGGAAGGACAUUGUGGACGACGAUGAUGUUUAGUCCCACCAUUAGUCCUCUUUUAUCCUGUAUUUCUUAGUAGUGUAUAUCAUACGUAGUGCUUCGGAUGACGUGAUGUGUUCAUAGGUAUAGUGUUUAUUAGA